AUGAUGAAACGCAGGGCUUCCCGGUUCAAAUUUGUUAAACGGCGACUCUUCAGCAGUCGCCCUCUGCCAUUAGAGCCCCAAACUCCAUCAUUUUCUUCUUCACCAUCCCAAAGCUCCCACAAGGACUCCUGCUUUUCUUUAGCGGACAAUCUAUGGCGCCGGGGCUUGUUUUCAUCAGCUCAGAAAGUGAUUCAGAGGCUGAUUUCGCAGUCUUCAACUGUACCAGAGGCAAUCUCGGCCGCCGAUUUCGCCUUUAUGAGAGGUAUGGAUCUCGAUUUAGAUAGUUAUGGCAGUCUUAUCCGCAAGCUAGUGAUUUCGGGAGAGGCCCUGUUGGCCGAGGCAUUGUACAUGGACUCUGUGGUGGGCAAAGGUCUUGAACCGGACCGUCAACUGUUGAAUUCUUUGAUUAUUUGUUACUGUAAGCUCGAAAAAUUAGAGGAAGCGAAACUUUGUUUCGAUAGGCUCGUUGGGUCGGAGGUUGUACCUUGGGUUGGUUCGUGCAAUGCUUUAAUGAAAGGUCUUGUUUUGAAAGAUAGAAUCUUGGAGGCUUAUGACUGUUUCUGUUAUAUCAGUAAGGCCAAUGAUAUCGUGCUCAAUUUUGCGUGUUAUAAUAGGCUGGUUGAAGGAUUAUGCAGAAGGGGGUUUUUAGACGAGGGGCUUCAUGUCUUCGAUGACAUGGUGGAAAAAAGGGUUCCACUUACUGCAAGUAUCUGCAAAUCACUGCUCAUUGGCUUCUGCAAAUGUGGACGUGCUGUGGAGGCCGAGAUUUUGUGUACUGAACUCGAGUCUCAUGGUUUUGAGGUCGAUAAAUUUAUGUACACCUACCUGAUUAAUGCUUAUUGCAAAGGGAGAAAAAUGAAAAUGUCCAUGAGGUUGUUUAUGAGGAUGCUGAAAAUGGGUUUCGAGCCGGAUUACUACGUGUAUAACACAUUGAUCCACGGAUUUAUUAACCUUGGUUUGUUCUCCGAGAGCAUGGUGCUACUUAAUAUGAUGGUGAAUGCUGGUUUGAAGCCUAAUUCAGUGACUUAUCAGCUUUUUCUCCAUAAGUACUGCAAAGACGGUAAAAUUGAUUGCGCAUUAAAGCUUAUGGAUGACAUGAUCGAACGUGAUAUUGCUCCCAAUGUGCACUGCUACACGGCAGUACUUGGUGCACUCUGUAAGGAACAAAAGGUGGAGGAAGUGUACAGGUUAUACCACAAGAUGCUUGAUAGCAGGGUUGUACCUGACCACGUGCUUUUCUUCACCCUCGCCAAAAACCACCCGCCAGGGGAUGAGCUGUACUUUGCUCUGACCGUUUUGCAAGCUAUUGCCAAAGAAUCUUGUAGUAUCGAUGUCUCGACUUUUUGUUCUUCGAGGCCCGAAUCCGCGAGAGAUGCAAUGGUGGAAAUCGAGCGUCUUCUUGACGAGAUAGCAAAAAGUGGCUCUGUUCCAGCAGACGUGGCAUUUAGUAUCUAUGUUAUUGCCCUGUGUAUGUGUGGGGAAAUCGAAUCUGCUCUGGAUUGUAUGGAAAAGAUGGAUAGUCUUAAUCUGGUGCCUUUUCGCACUGCUUUUAAUUCCUUGAUAAAGUUGCUUAUCGAGCAGGGUUUAGCUGAGACUGCAGAAUCUCUACUUGAGGUUAUGCGGGAUAAUGGGCUGAUUCCUAAUCAGUUAACUUUCUCGGUUAUAGCAAACGCUCUCUGUAGAAAGAGUGAUUUCUCGUCUGCUAUUGAUGUUUUGGAUCAGAUUGAAGAAAGGGGAAUCAAGCCAAGCGUUGCUAUUUAUAACUCAAUAGUCUGCUGUUUAGGCAAACAGGGGAUGGUUCGUGACGCUGAGAAUUUAUUCUAUCGAAUGCUCAAGUUUGGUGUGGAUCCUGAUCAAAAGAUUUUUGUCACGAUGAUUAAUGCCUAUUCGAGAAAUGGGUGGGCUUAUGAAGCCCGGAGGUUGUUUGAGAGGAUGAGGGAUUAUAAUCUUAGACCUAACUCUCAUGCUUAUACGGCUCUUAUACCUGCGCUAAUUAAGAAAAACAUGAUCCAGAAAGGUUGCUUGUACGUCGACAGAAUGCUUAGAGAUGGUUUCAUGCCAAACGGUGUUCUCUAUACCUCACUCAUUAAACAGUUCCUGAGGAAGAAAGAAUUUGAUUUUGCUUUCAGGUUGUUUUGUUUGAUGAAUAAAAGUGGGCUCGAGCAAGACCUGGUCACAUAUAUCACAUUGAUAUGUGGCGUUUGCAGGAAUAUUCGCGAGUACACUGGAAGUUGCUAUCUGUUUUAUAAUAAGAGAUCGAACUAUAGGAAUGAAACCUUGUUCCGUUUGUUACAUCAAACAGCUGUUUUGCCCGAUGGAACUGGUUUGAGAAUCUCGAUCAAUUCUGAAGCCGAGAUGAAAUAUUUCGUCAUUGAUCUGAUCCAGAAAAUAGAAAAGGUCUUGCUUACGCCGGAUUUAUAUUUGUAUAACGGAAUAAUAUCCGGGUUCCGUUGGGCCCACUGCUUGCCGGAAGCCUACAAGCAUCUCGAUCGGAUGCAACAAGAAGGAUUGCACCCUAAUCACGUGACUUUCAGUAUUCUCAUUGACGGGCAUAUUCAAAAUGGUGAAAUCAAUUGCGCCGUGAGAUUAUUCAAUAAAAUGAACGCGAACGGUAUUGCUCCCGACCGAAUGCUGUUCAACAAUUUAAUCAGAGCAUUUUGCAACGCUAGGAGGUUGUUAGAUGCAUUAUCUGUCGCUCAUAUGAUGCAGAAAAGAGGGUUUUCGCCUUCGGCAUCUUCUUAUGAGAAACUUCUCCGGGUUCAUUGUGCUCGCGGGUCUAGUGUUGAUGCACUGAGGAUAUAUGAAGACAUGAUUUCUCAUAAUUAUUUUCCCUGCCGCAAGCUUUGGCUUGUAGACUUGUCCGGAAGUGAACAGCUUGCAAAGACUGAUGUUGAAAGCGAUUGUCUCACGGAAGCUCAGAAUAUCAGUUGGCCGUAUUUGGCUCUUGGAGACGUGAUAUCUGCUUUAGCUUAUAAAAGCAAAACAGUAUACCAUACAGGAACUCCAGAGGGCAUAUGUGAAAUCUUGAAAGAUAGAAAUUACCUUGUUUGCAGUUGCAUAUGCUGCUGUUACCAACCCGGCCAAGUAUUUCCCAAGUCUGAAACAAGUGGGAACAAGCUGCUUCCAGCCACCGUCGACCAUGGAUGCACGGACGUGAGCACAUUCUGCAUGAAUGCAACCACGGCCGUGGACGAUAAACAUAUCUGCACACAAUUGGUCAAUGGUGCCAAGACCUGGCCGGAGGCAAUGACGAACGCAGUCAAUGGCGUUAUCGGAAUAGCCAAAAGUGCCAAACCCUUGGUGGUUGAUGGCGUGGGGUCAAAGUUGCCGCUGGCACUGAAGCUCCAGGCGAAGGAGUCAAUAACCUCCGGCUGCCGGGAUUCGUUCGUGACAUACGUGAAUAACUUAGAGAAAUGCAUUGGGUUUGUAAAGCACGACCCGUUUUCCUCCCUGGAGACAUAUCUUUCUGGAAACACAUUCUUCGACUGCAAGGAUGGGCUCGACGAGUUUCAGGUCUGUAUUCCAGAAGUCAAUAAUUUCUAUCACCGGACAAUCAAGUUGUCAAACAUCCUUCUCUCCAUUUACCAGACGAAGCCGAAAAAGAACUAG